CCUCAACCUCACCUCACCACCUAUACUCAUACAAACAUGGUACCUGACCAGAUUGCUCUGUCUCUUUCCCCCCAUCGUCUAUGCUCUUCGUUCGAACUCAUUUCCCUUGGUCUGCUCCUCCCCUCCUCCCGCGCUGCCCUUGCUCGACCUACCUACCUCAUCACACCUAUUGCCGCUGCUGCACGCCCUCAUCUGCUACCAUUCUCUCGAUAUCUUGAUGCUACGUUGUUGAUUGGUUUGAAGGUCGGAAUCACCGGAAAGUACGGAACCCGAUACGGUUCGUCGCUGCGACGAUCGGUCAAGAAGAUCGAAAUCUCCCAGCACUCCAAGUACACCUGCACCUUCUGUGGUAAGGACUCGGUCAAGCGAACAAACGUUGGUAUCUGGGAGUGCAAGUCGUGCAAGAAGGUCAUUGCUGGUGGUGCUUGGGCUCUGUCGACCACUGCCGCUGCUACCGUCCGAUCGACCAUCCGUCGUCUGCGUGAAGUGACCGAGGCCUAAACUCGUCUUGUCACUUGACAAAACGAAACAAAAUCUCUGGCUCCGUCAUCCUAGCAUUUGACCGGUCUCUCUUGACAUAUUCCUUCACUUGUAUUCUUCUUGCUCUCACACCCCCAAUUCUGUUGAAGAUUGGAGAGAGGCUCAGCGUCUUCAAGGCGGGAGUCUUCUUGUCAUCGUCAAUCAUCAUCACAUUACACAGGUACUUGCAGGCGCGAGAGAGUGGAGUAGCAAAUGGGGUGUCAGGUAUAAAUAGCACGUACCGUUGAAGAUUGAAACAGAUUUAGAGGACAAGUGACAUUCCGAGAUGGUAGCAGGAGAGGUCUGGAUGCUGAUGUCGAGCGUUGUGGACGAGCUGGAUGCACUUCAUCUGCCUUUUGCUGCUAGUUAGACACAGUCUUCUCCAAAGUCUUCCGUACGCAGCUCUCGACGCAACUACG